AUGCCCAAAGCUGUCGUUCUCGGUGCUGCAGGUGGAAUCGGCCAGCCUCUCGCGCUCCUCCUCAAGUCUAACCCACUCGUCACGGAGCUCGGCCUCUUCGAUAUCGUCAACACCCCCGGUGUCGCCGCCGAUCUCUCCCACAUCUCCACCCCAGCCAAGGUCCAGGGGUUCCUGCCACCCGAUGACGGUCUCAAGAAGGCACUCACCGGCGCUGACAUCGUCGUCAUCCCCGCCGGUGUUCCUCGUAAACCUGGUGUACAUGAUCUCUUCAAGAUCAACGCAGGCAUCGUCCGCGAUCUCGCCACAGGUAUCGCCACCACAGCACCCAAAGCCUUCGUCCUCGUCAUCUCAAACCCAGUCAACUCCACCGUCCCCAUCGUCGCCGAGGUCUUCAAGAAGCACGGUGUCUUUGACCCAAAGAAGCUUUUCGGUGUGACGACCCUCGACGUCGUCCGCGCAUCCACAUUCGUCUCUGAAAUCCUCGGUGAUCUCUCCAAGGCGCCCUCCGUCGUCGUCCCCGUCGUCGGCGGCCACAGCGGCGUCACCAUCGUCCCCCUCCUCUCUCAAUCCUCCCACCCCCUCCCCACCUCCCUCUCCUCCACCGACAUCACAACCCUAACCAAACGCAUCCAAUUCGGCGGCGACGAAGUCGUGAAAGCGAAAGAUGGCGCCGGGUCCGCCACGCUCUCCAUGGCCUACGCCGGGGCCGAGUUCACUUCCAAGGUCCUGAGAGCGAUUGGGGGCGAGAAGGGGAUCGUUGUGCCUAGUUAUGUUCAUCUGAGUGCGGAUAAGACAGGGGGGGAGGGGUUGGUGAAGGAGGUGGGGAGGGAGUUGGAGUAUUUUAGUGCGAAUGUUGAGAUUGGGCCCGAGGGCGUGGCGAAGAUCCAUUCGCUUGGGAAGUUGAACGAGUACGAGCAGGGUCUCAUUCAAGCUGCCGUCCCCGAGUUGGCUAUCAAUAUCGAGAAGGUGCGUCUUUUCUUCCCUGCCCUCCUCUCCCCCUCCUCCCCCUUCCUCCCCUGCUUCCCCGGCCUUUCCUUUUGCUUACCAUCACCUUCCUCCCUCUAUGCUCACCAUCACCUCCCAUCCUCGUCCUCAUCACACAGGGCGUAA